AUGGCACAAACAAGCCUACUAAACACCUCGUGGAUACUCCACCGUCUCUCCCCUCUUCACCACGGAAGAGACUUCGACAGCCUUGUCAACAACCCCGCGGCUCUGAAAUUCUACGCGACCAGACUGCGCGAUCAGUUGACCGCAUCCUCCUUCCCGCUUGCCCUCCAAUCCAGCGGUCCAUUGCCCACGACAGACGACGAUUCCCUCUCCCGAACCGGCGCGCUGCAAUCCUGCACCUGGGAAUCCAUAUCCAGUCUCUCAUUCUCAGAUACUGGACAUGAACGUGACCCUGAAAAUGGGUCUCAGGCGCCAGACGGACCUCAAUCUCGAGCGCGGACUCAACGCUCAGCACCUUCACAUACGCCUUCCCCACAAGGAGGAGGAAUCCUCGUGAAGCUGGAGUACGAAAACGCAACAUACAAAGCAGCUCUUCUCACCUUGUCCUCUCUUCCUGCAUUCCAAACCGAAGCCACUUCAAAACCUCGCACUCGAACGCGCUCUCAGACUCAAACACAUGCUACGCACCUACCGCUCCUUCUGACCCGCUUUCCUGCCCCUCUCCGACAGACCUUCGUCUCUUUUCUGUCUUCGACCUUCGACACGUACUGUUCUCCGCUUCGUCUUCCCUCGCGAUUUAUAGGCACAGCCUUGAACACAUACAUAAACACAUUGAACUCCGAAGAUGGAUCCGGGUCUAUGGACGUAGUCGAGAUCGUCAAAGAGCUUCACCUCACUCUAUCGUUUCCUGCCUCUGUUUCGCCAGAUUUGCGUACAUUGAACGUUACGAUACCACGGGAUUCACUGGGCGGGUUCCUUGAUGUUGGAAAUAACGGAACUGGAAGUGAGUUGAACGUUCUGGCUGUUCUCAGUUCAUACUUGGAAGAGCAUUUGGCAAUGAAGUUUGAUUUGAGCGGUGGCAAUGCUGAGCCCACCCCCAAGGAGCAAGAUUAUGUGCGGCUUUCACGGAUCGCCUGCGGGGGGUUCGUGCUCGGUGGAGACGGGAAGCUCAAGCUGGUUGCUGCACCUCCAGUAGGCGACAACGAUGGCUCGAAUACCGCUGCUGAUCGGAAAAAUCUUCUUGCAUUACGGGCUUGUGAGGUGUUGCUUUCCGAUACCUUGCGUAGGGCUGAGAUGAGCGAGGACGAGAACCAGAAAUCCUGA